AUGUUGGCCGCUCGUAACUCUUUGAAAGCUCCAAGAUUUGCUCGUAGCUUAGCUACCGUCUCCUCUGAUCUUACAAGAGACUCAAAAGUUGGUCAAAACUUGUUAGAAGAUUUUUCCUUCAUCCAAUACAAAAAACAUUUAGAAAAUGUUGAAAUUGUUAAAAACAGAUUAAACAGACCAUUAACUUAUGCUGAAAAAAUCUUAUACGGUCAUUUAGAUGAUCCUCAUGGACAAGAUAUCGAAAGAGGUGUCUCAUAUUUGAAAUUGAGACCAGAUCGUGUUGCUUGUCAAGAUGCUACUGCUCAAAUGGCCAUUUUACAAUUCAUGUCUGCCGGUUUACCACAAGUUGCUACCCCUACCACUGUUCAUUGUGAUCAUUUAAUUCAAGCACAAAUCGGUGGUGCUAAAGAUUUAGCUAGAGCCAUUGAUAUCAACAAAGAAGUUUACGAUUUCUUGGCUACUGCUACUGCUAAAUAUAACAUUGGUUUCUGGAAACCAGGUUCAGGUAUUAUCCAUCAAAUUGUUUUAGAAAACUAUGCUUUCCCAGGUGCUUUGAUUAUUGGUACCGAUUCACAUACUCCAAAUGCUGGUGGUUUAGGUCAAUUAGCUAUCGGUGUUGGUGGUGCUGAUGCCGUUGAUGUUAUGGCUGAUUUACCAUGGGAAUUAAAAGCUCCAAAAAUUUUAGGUGUUAAAUUAACCGGUAAAAUGAACGGUUGGACUUCACCAAAAGAUAUUAUCUUGAAAUUGGCUGGUAUUACUACUGUUAAAGGUGGUACCGGUAAAAUUGUUGAAUAUUUCGGUGAUGGUGUUGACACUUUCUCCUGUACUGGUAUGGGUACUAUCUGUAAUAUGGGUGCUGAAAUUGGUGCUACUACUUCAGUUUUCCCAUUCAACAAAUCAAUGGUUGAUUACUUAAAUGCUACUGGUCGUGGUAAAAUUGCUGAAUUUGCUAGCUUAUACAAGAAUGAUUUCUUGAAAGCUGAUGAAGGUGCUGAAUAUGACCAAGUUAUUGAAAUUGACUUGAACACUUUAGAACCAUAUGUCAAUGGUCCAUUUACUCCAGAUUUAGCUACUCCAAUCUCUAAAAUGAAAGAAGUUGCUAUUGAAAAUGACUGGCCAUUAGAUGUUAAAGUUGGUUUAAUUGGUUCUUGUACCAACUCUUCAUAUGAAGAUAUGAGUAGAUCAGCUUCCAUCAUUAAAGAUGCUGCUUCUCAUGGUAUCAAAGCUAAAUCUUUAUUCACUGUUACUCCAGGUUCUGAACAAAUCAGAGCUACUAUUGAAAGAGAUGGUCAAUUGAAAACUUUCCAAGAAUUCGGUGGUAUCGUUUUAGCUAACGCUUGUGGUCCAUGUAUUGGUCAAUGGGAUAGACAAGAUAUCAAGAAAGGUGACAAAAACACCAUUGUCUCAUCAUACAACAGAAAUUUCACUUCAAGAAAUGAUGGUAACCCAGAUACACAUGCUUUCGUUGCUUCUCCAGAAUUAACCACUGCUUUCGCUAUUGCUGGUGAUUUAAGAUUCAACCCAAUCACUGAUAAAUUAAAAGGUGCUGAUGGUAAAGAAUUCUUAUUGAAACCACCAACUGGUGACGGUUUACCAACUAAAGGUUAUGAUGCUGGUGAAAACACUUACCAAGCUCCUCCAGCUGAUCGUUCAACUGUUCAAGUUCAAAUUUCUCCAGAAUCUGACCGUUUACAAGUUUUAACUCCAUUCAAAGCUUGGGAUGGUAAAGAUGCUGAAAACUUACCAAUUUUGAUCAAAUCUAAAGGUAAAACUACUACCGAUCAUAUUUCAAUGGCUGGUCCUUGGUUGAAAUACCGUGGUCAUUUGGAAAACAUUUCAAAUAACUAUAUGAUUGGUGCUAUCAAUGCUGAAAAUGAUAAAGCUAACUGUGUUAAAAACUUAUACACUGGUGAAUACAAAGGUGUUCCAGAUACUGCUCGUGAUUACAGAGACCAAGGUAUUAGAUGGGUUGUUAUCGGUGGUGAAAACUUUGGUGAAGGUUCCUCAAGAGAACAUGCUGCUUUAGAACCAAGAUUCUUAGGUGGUUUCGCCAUCAUUACCAAAUCAUUUGCCAGAAUUCAUGAAACUAACUUGAAGAAACAAGGUUUAUUACCAUUGAACUUUGUUGAACCAGAAGCUUAUGACAGAAUUAACCCAGAAGAUACUGUUGAUAUCUUAGGUUUAACUGAAUUAACUCCAGGUAAGAAUGUUACUUUAAGAAUUCAUCCAAAAGAUGGUGAAGCUUGGGAAACACCAUUGUCCCACACUUACAACUCUGAACAAAUUGAAUGGUUCAAAUAUGGUUCAGCUUUGAACAAGAUGGGGUUCGUUAAUAAAAAAUAA